GUGUCCAUUGGGACACAGGGAGCGAGGGGAAGUUUCCCAGAGCUGCAGCAGACACUGAAGCAGACCCCUGAGGCGUUUCUGUGCGCCACCUGGGUUGGAGUCGCUGCCCUGGGUCGCGAUGCUGAGUGUUUGUGCACAACCUCUGUUCUUUAGCAAGCUGCCCAUCGACACGGCCUGCUGCCUCUGCCAGCACAAGCACAGCACUGAGACCCCGUGCAGGACCCUCAGCUUCGACUGCAUGAGCGUGUGCAACAGCACUGUUCCCCGCUGCGCUCCCCUGGCAGAGACACCAGGGCUCCUAAUGGGACCGGUGCCCCCCAAGAAAGGGAACAACAGGUCCGUGUUGAAUCUCCAGCCUAAGGAGCCUUCACUCAGGGAGCAGAGAACCGUCACGCUCACAGUUGCCCGGAGCCUGAGCAGCCCCGAUGCAUCAGCACCUUCCCCUCAGCAGCUCUCGAGGCAGGAGGGCAACACCGCCAAGGAGCUGACGCUGAUGCUGCGGAGCAUUCAGCACGGGGGCUGGAGCAGCUCUAUCGACACCAGGAGGCUCUAUUUCCUAGCAGAGGGGCUCGUGGCACAGCUAAAGAACAAGCUGCACAAGGCCAUGAGCAUCCUGACUGUGAAAAGCCCCAGCACAGCCCGGCCAGCGCAGAGGGACAAGGGGCACGAGGUGGCAGUAGGGGAGGGAGGAAGAGCCAUAAACUGGCAGCAACAGGAGCCGGGCUUAGGCUUGACCCGCGCAGAGUCCAUCUUAUGGGAAGCAGAGCGGAGCAUGAACCUCAGCGACGUCCUCCCAGUCUCUAGUCACCAGAGAAUACCCAGCCCUCCUGCAGCACAGCCCCCUGCACAAUACCCAACAGAGGACCCAAAUCUCGACCGGUCUGGCGAGAGUCAGGAUCAUUCCCACGCCAUGGGGCAGACCAACACGCCUGAUAGGAUGGAGAAUGAGGAUAGUGCAGAAAAUGAGGAGGAAGCACCAUCCCCAACACAGGACUCUGCUGGGACAGAUGAGGAGCAGAAGCAGCAGGACAGCGAUGGGACAGUGGGCAGCGAGGGUGCAGAAGAAGAGCCCGCAGCAGCAGAGGGUAGAGCAGAGCAGAGACUGAGCACUAUCCAGCGUUUCUUCUAUGCUCUGGUGGCUAAAAACGGCCCCCCUGCUGCCAACAGCACACCAGAGGACACGGCUGCAGCAGAGCGUUCCUCUCUCGGCGGGAGACCACCCACCGCCCCUGCAAGCACCACCACACACGGGCAGCACAAGGAGCAGGAACCCCCGAGCCCAAGGGCACAGGGCAGCUCCAGCGCCCCGGGCGGUGCGGCCACACGAGGACCCCCCUUUGACACCCUGCUCAGCCGCCACCUACACUCUCUGGUGACAGAUGGAGCCCUGCGCAGGUUCAUGGCACAGGUGGCUCGAGCCCUGCGCAAGGACUGUGGCCUGCCCCAGCUCCAGCAGGCCUGCGCCGAGAUGGUCUCGAGGACGGAGCUGCUCCUGAGGCUGCUGAGUGAGAGGCAGCGUGACCCGGAGCCCUCUGACCUCCUUGAGCAGUGUGUGCGGGAGGAGGAUGCCGGCACCUCUCGUCCCCAUGCCCAAGUCCAGGCCAGGGAGAUGGGCAGUGAAUCUGCAGAGACGGAGAUGGCCAAUCACACCUAUGACCGCUGGCUGCCGCUGGCCCUCUCGUUGUUACUGACCUUCAUCACGUCCGUUGCUCUCCUGGUGCAGUGCUGUUUCAAGCACCCGUUGCUUCCAGCCGUGCAGCAAUGCCCCUGCUCCCUGCCCUGA